UCGCGUCUUUGCAGCAGCCGCAAACAAACACACACACACACACACACACACACACACAGAACAGACAGACAGAAGAAGAAGAAGAAGCACAUCCAUGGCAGCCGGCACAACACUGCAAAAGGCCAUCGAUCUGGUGACAAAGGCCACCGAGGAGGAUCGCAACAAGAACUACGCAGAGGCGCUGCGUCUCUAUGAGCACGGCGUCGAGUAUUUCUUGCAUACAAUCAAAUAUGAGGCACAGGGCGAGAAGGCCAAGGACUCGAUACGUGCAAAAUGUCUACAGUACUUGGAUCGCGCAGAGAAGCUAAAGGAGUAUCUGAAGAAGGGCAAGAAAAAACCGAUUAAGGAGGGCGGCGAGAGCAGCUCCAAGGAUGACAAGGACAAGAAGAGCGACAGCGACGACGAGGACGGCGAUGAUCCAGAGAAAAAGAAGCUGCAAGCCAAACUGGAGGGUGCCAUUGUUAUUGAAAAGCCGUGCGUACAAUGGUCCGAUGUGGCUGGCCUCGAUGCCGCCAAGGAGGCACUCAAAGAGGCUGUCAUCUUGCCGAUUAAGUUUCCGCAGCUGUUCACCGGCAAGCGCAUACCCUGGAAAGGUAUUCUACUGUUUGGGCCACCCGGUACGGGCAAAUCAUAUUUGGCCAAGGCGGUCGCCACCGAGGCAAACAGAUCCACAUUCUUUUCGGUAUCUAGCUCCGAUCUAAUGUCCAAAUGGCUGGGCGAAUCCGAGAAGCUAGUGAAGAAUCUCUUCGAACUGGCGCGCCAGCACAAGCCAUCGAUUAUAUUCAUUGAUGAGAUUGAUUCCAUGUGCUCGGCCCGUUCGGACAAUGAGAACGACAGCGUGCGCCGCAUCAAGACCGAGUUUCUGGUGCAAAUGCAGGGCGUUGGCAACGAUACCGAUGGCAUUCUCGUACUGGGCGCCACCAAUAUACCCUGGGUGCUCGACUCGGCCAUACGCAGGCGUUUCGAGAAGCGCAUCUACAUUCCGUUGCCGGAAGCGCAUGCGCGCCUCGUCAUGUUCAAAAUCCACCUGGGCAACACCACCCAUGUGCUGACCGAGCAGGAUCUCAAGGAGCUCGCCAGCAAGACCGAGGGUUACUCUGGCGCCGAUAUAUCGAUUGUGGUGCGCGAUGCGCUGAUGGAGCCGGUACGCAAGGUACAAACAGCCACACACUUUAAGCGCGUCUCGGGUCCCAGUCCGGCCGACAAGGAGAAGAUUGUCGAUGAUCUGCUGGUGGCCUGCUCGCCGGGUGAUCCGGGCGCCGUUGAAAUGAAUUGGAUGGACGUGCCCAGCGAUAAGCUCUUCGAGCCGCCAGUCACCAUGCGCGACAUGCUCAAGUCCUUGUCACGCACGAAACCGACUGUCAACGAGGAGGAUUUGAUAAAGCUGCGCAAGUUCACAGAGGACUUCGGCCAGGAGGGCUAAGCCGCAAAAGCUAAUGAUACCGCCGCCAUUAAGUCUACCACCCAUCAGCUAAUUCUUAAUUGUUGCCUAUUGCAUAAAACGAUAAACACGCCCCUGGAUCUAUGGAUCCAUACACACACACACACACACUAACGUACACUCUAUAUAUAUAUAAUAAUAUAUUA